AUGCUAGAGCUGACGGCAGAGGACCAGAUUGCUCUGCUAAAGUCGAGUGCCAUUGAGAUCAUCAUGCUGCGCUCGAACCAGUCGUUCAGCCUGGAGGACAUGUCCUGGAGCUGUGGGGGACCCGACUUUAAAUACUGCAUCAAUGAUGUCACAAAAGCUGGUCACACCCUGGAGCUGCUGGAGCCGCUGGUCAAGUUCCAAGUUGGUCUGAAGAAGCUCAACCUGCACGAGGAGGAACACGUGCUGCUCAUGGCCAUCUGCCUGCUGUCCCCAGACCGCCCUGGUGUGCAAGACCAUGCCCGCAUAGAGCAGCUGCAGGACCGUCUGUCAGAGGCACUACAGGCCUACAUCCGGGUCAACCACCCAGGCGGCCGCCUCCUCUACGCCAAGAUGAUCCAGAAGCUGGCGGACCUGCGCAGUCUGAACGAGGAGCAUUCCAAGCAGUACCGCUCGCUCUCCUUUCAGCCCGAGCACAGCAUGCAGCUUACCCCACUGGUACUGGAAGUGUUCGGCAGCGAGGUGUCAUAGCUGAGGAAGAGGAGGAGGAUCUGUUCUUUAAGGCAGACUCUUCAGACACAGGAGGAUUAACAGACCCUGCUGCCUUUUCCUCAACAAAACCCGAAGGCUUCACCACACCCUGGACGCAGAAGGUGGACGAUCACAUCUUCUUUCUGUCUUCACCUCUUUCAUUAUCUGUCGAUUCCUCACUUUCCUGGAGGAGCAAAACCCAACGUAGGCCAUAACUGGAUCUCUAGAUUCACAAAUAUAAAUCUGCUGCUGGAUCACCCGAAUCUCAAACCUCAUUUGCUUUUCCAAAUAUCCCGACUCGCUCAUUUCCAUCCUUUCCACAACUGCAGAAUCCAAAUGUUUUUCAUCACCAACCUUCGCUGGAUUCUACUUCCUGCAACACUUUCUUAAAGUGGAAACAGCUUGAGAGAUGUCCCCGUCACCUCCCUCUCAUCAUCAUCAUAACUUUUCUUCCUGUUCACAUGGCAACAACAGGAAACAGCGCUCAGAUUCAAAUAUCGUACUCAUGCUCACGGUGAUGAACUUUAUGUAAAUGGCUAAUAACCUUUGGUGGUUUACAGAUUUUAACAGCAAAAUCAUCCAAAUAUAUUCAGCAUCAGCAACCACGAGUGAGCUCGGGAGAAAUAGAAAUACUUUGGUUUGUGAUGGGAGUCGAGCGUUUGUGUUAUUGGCCUCCCCUGUAAAUUCUGCAGAUGUGAAAGAAGAAAUCUUAACUAGUCAAAUCAUAUGAAGACAGAUUUGUCUGCAAAAAUCUUUUGAUUUGGGAACGAUGGGAAGAAAUGUGCACUUUGAAAAAACAAGAGGAUGCUGGGUAGAUGGGUGGAAAGGGGGUGCAACAUUUUGUUAAAAUUAACAAAGGAAGAAUGUAUGUAUAAUUCUACAUAUGAUAAGUAUAAGCUGUAGUACAAGUCAAACAUUUGGAUGUCUAAUGCUUGGCAAGUACUGUAAAUAGAAAUGAAUAUUUCUGAGAGUGUUAAAUAAUAAUAAUGAUGAUGAUAAAAAGGAUGUCAAGGCCCCUCCUCCUCAGAUAUGUGUGUAUAGGCCACCUUAUAUAAAAAAAAAGUGUACACACGGGCACUGAGACGUGUUAUGAGGAGUCCUUCUGUUUUUGCUAUAGUGUGCAAGAAUAUUGAUGGACCACAAGGGGGUGUGUGCACAGGCUCUGACUGAACAUAUAAUGCAACAAGGCUCUUUGUUGUGAUCUCUGAUUUUUGGACCUGUGAAAUUUAUAGGCUGACAUACACAAAGAUAAUUUCCUGUUUUGUGGAUGGCUAUUUUUUCAGAAAAAAAAAACAAAAAAAACAAAAUAUAGUUGUUGGGCUGGUUGGAUUGCUGCUAAGACAGAGCUUAGAUAGUUGGACAGAACCCAGCUGCCAGCUGUUGCCUCAGGGAACGUUUGUCUGACGAUACUGUGUACUCAAGUUUUUUUUGGCAUGCGUGUGUUUGGCGUAAGCUUACAAUCAGGAGAGGGAGGUUUCGAGAGUUUUUGAAGCUCAAGGCAUCACUGUGAUUUCUAAUUAUACUGAAUAACAGCAGAAGGAAGCUAAGUGAUAAAUAUUUCUGAAAGAAAAACACAAAAUUCUCUAUUUGUGAAGCUAAAAAAACCCAAUUUAUUUUACAUGAUCAUAUAGUCUGUAAGAAAGUAUAAUUAAUACAUUCUAGCUACGCAGUCAUCUUUAUUAAAUUAGUAAAAGCCUUAUAUUGAAUGUUUUAAGGGUUAAGUAAAUAUUCUAGAGCAGUGGUUCUCAAACUUUGUAGAACUGAGUAACUCUUCCACUUUCCACCAUAGAUGCAUUUCUUUUACAAUGGUAGUGCAUCGGGACUUAAAAAAAAAAAAAAAAGAAACAACAAUGCUCUUACUUAAGGGCACUGUAUGGUUGGAUGAAGGAUUUAAUUAAUUAAGCCUUACUUUGUCCACAUCUAAUAUUUGAAAAAUGUGCCUAAAGGUGGCGGUGCCCGUCAGACCAGGGAAUAUGCAGGGGGCGAGGGCUGGGCUGUGAUUCUAUAAGAUGAAUAAAUGCUACAUUUUUAGCUUAGCUGAAUGCUAAGCUAAAAAAAUUGCUAACCUGACAAAAAGACAUGAUGCUCACUUUUCCACCUCGAUGCAGAGGCAUGUGCGAGUGGCAGAGCUACCAACGUCAGCUUUUUUCUGUGAUGUCACAAUAUCUUUCUGCCAAUAUUAAUAUUGAUUCGAAACUCACAUGCAGUACACUCGAUCAACGCGAGGAGGGCGCCACACAGAUGGUUUUCGACACAAAGCAGGAUUUUAACAAAUGUGCAGUAAAUGUUCAAAAUAAUGACCAGGACAUGUAUACAGCACUAUAAAACAUCUAAUGAUACGGUUUUAUUAGCAAAAAAAGUCAAUUUGGGGGUUUGUUCUUAAAUGGAGAGCAAAACAUCAUCAGCUUAUAUGGCUAACAGUAGUUAGCCUGGUCACUGAGCGUACCAGGUAGCUAACCCCACUGUUUUUUAAACUUGGUACUGGAACACGGUAAACCCGUUACUGCCUGAAUUUAUUUAUAAUUUUAAGUUACAAAUGAACUGUGUGUUUUUGCUUUCAAAUUAUUUAUCAAUUAGGUAGAUAUUAAUGUGUGUACAGCACAUGCAAUUUAUAUAAAUGUAGGUAUGCCAUAUGCUAAUUAGCUAAAUUUGGGCAACAUUUGGCAGAACUCCAACCAGUAGAUGGUGGCACAGAGCUUUCCAUGUGAUCAUUAGUUGUAUGUUUACACCAUGUUGGCUUUAUAGUGGUUUGAGAUCAAUGUCGGUCAAGGGGUCGGUUUUGAUGUCCUUCUCAGAUCCAAGUUCUGACUUCAGAAGUCAAGGGAUCACAAGGCACUUGUUCCUGGUUCACUAUUAUCUGCAUCAGUUUGUGCAGAGAUCCUGGAAAUUGGAAAUUUGUGUGUGUGUGUGGGGGGGAUCACAAUUAAUUUGUUUGGGUUUAGC